CGCCGGCCUGCACACGCGCACACAGACGCACGCAAAGUGGAAUGCUGUUGCCGUCUUGCUGGGAAAAGUGGCACUCAGCACAAGAGUGAAGAAGACUGCGCUCAUUUACCAUGAGCUGUUUGGAUGUUAUGUACCCAGCCUAUGGACAUUACGCCUCAUACGCAGCUAGCGCUCCUGCUUUCAUCAACACACUACAGACUCCCACUGGUGUGAGUAGUACCUCGCCUCUGUGCCGGGAUUUUAUGGACACUCCCAGGGCUCCAGAGGGAAUGUCCGCCGUUCAGGGCUCCGUUGGCGGAUCGACGACCUCGUCAUCUUCGUCCGCAUCGUCAUCAUCAUCAUCUUCUUCUUCUGCCUCCUCAUCUUCCUCUUACACGCCCGCGGCCUCCCGGCCUGACGAGGGCCCCAAGGACAAGCAGGAGGGCCCCGAGGCCGAGUACCUGAGCUCGCGCUGUGUGCUUUUCACCUACUACCAGGGGGACAUCAGCAGCGUGGUGGAUGAGCACUUCUCUCGGGCCCUCAGCUCCUAUAUGGACGGGGAAGGCAAGCGGCAAGUUUCGGAGCAACAGGCGGCUGGUACCCCAGACACGCCUUCACCGAGCAGCCGACGAAGCUUCCCUCCAUCCUUCUGGGACAGUAACUACUCGUCACCUCAAAGCCGUGCGCACUGCGAGACGGCGGCUCCUUCCUAUUCCAUGGACCCCUACGCCUCGGGGCUACACCCGGGUCUGCCGCACCCGCACGCGCACCCGCACGCUCACCCUCACUCGCAUCCUCACCCUCACCCGGCGGAGAGUUGGGGCUACACACAGGCUCAGGCCUACGGUCCCCCGAGGCCCCUCCAUGAACUGUACUCACCCUCCACUUUGGAGCCCCACUACGGGCCCCUGCUCAUGCCCACUGUUCGGCCGGCCCACCUGCCCACCUUGCCGAGCCACUACGAAGUCAGCAAGCUGGAGCCCACGGCCUCCUGGCCCGGCCUGCUACCUCCGGGGGACGUCGGCCAGACAUUGGCCCUCAACAUGGACGCAGGCCUGCAGCAGCACAAGAAAGGGAAGGAGCUCUACUGGUUCUAACGAGGCCCGCAGUCACAUUGACCACAGCCAAUUAGUCCCUGGACCUUCUCCGCUUUUGAAAAAGUGUGUCCCCUUUAUCCCAUGCAUGCACGCAGACAAACACGCAUUCAGAUCGACACACAGACACAUACACACUCCUGGCCUCCCCUGACAGGAUACAGCCUGGCUCCAGGUGGAUGCGAGUGCACCAUGGAGAUAACAAAUAAUCUGGACCGUCUUCGCCAUGUCCCUCCCCCGGGGAAGACCCUGGCAUGGAGGGGGGGGGGGGGGCGCGCCAUGUUGGACCCAGAAAAACAGACUUUACCUCAUCGCGGGAUGGAUUUUGGGGAGGAAAUCACUUCAAUUGUGCCUGGUUAUCUUCAUUUCAAGCCUUGUGUUUGUCACUUCGUCCACCAAAAAAGUACGAUAAAAUGGAGAUUUUGUUAUUGAUAAGAUGGUGUUUCUAUUUAUUGGUGUUUACUUUAUGAAUUGUUUGCUAUAUAGGCCAGUGUUUCUGCAAUGAUUGUGGUUGGGUUUCUUGUGUUUUUUCCAAAGGUAUGUGACAAAAGUGACCACACAAGACUUUUUUUGUGGCACUUAUUAUCCAUUUCUGGGAGAAAUUACAUUUUUUUUGGAGGGGGGGGGGGCAGGGGAUUACUUUCGCUGGAUUGAUUGCUUUUAAUUCUCCCUUGUUUGAAUCAGGACUGUCUCUUUCGUGUGUAUUAUUUCUUUCUCCAUUUAUUUUGUGUCCAAAAAUAUUGUGAUGUCAAUAAAUAUUUUUUUUUAAAGCGC